AUGUCCUGCGAGUGGGCGGCUCCUGGAGAGCCCCGCGCCCCGGACGGCCCCGGGGGUCUGGCCCUGCUUCUCGCCCGGUGCAUGCGGCCGACGGUGGAUGCAGCCCUCUGCGCCUACGUGGUGCACAGAAAUGUGACCUGUGUCCUACAGGAGGGAGCAGAGAGCUACAUAAAGGCUGAGUACCGGCCGUGUGGAUGGGGGCCCAAGUGCCCCGGGACAGUCACGUACCGCACGGUGCUCAGACCCAAAUACAAGAUUGGCUACAAGACAGUGACGGACCUCGCCUGGCGUUGCUGCCCUGGCCUCGCUGGAGAAGGCUGCCCCGAGCACCUCACGGACCACGGGGCCACCCCACCCCAGCCAGAGCCUGAGCCUCAGAUUCCCUCCGGACAGUUGGGCCCAGGUCCCAGGCCCCCUCCUUCUAGCAGAGCAGCCCCUAGCCCCCACGGAAGGAAAGGCCCAGGGCUGUUUGGUGAGCGGCUGGAACGCCUGGAGGGUGAUGUCCAGCGCCUGGCACAAGCAUAUGGUACCCUCAGUGGCCUGGUGGCCAGCCGUGAAGACCCCAACAGGAUGACUGGUAGCCCCAGAGCUCCUGCCACCCCCGUGGGCUUUGGGGUCAUCCCUGAGGGGCUUGCGAACCCUAGAGACAGAGCUGGAGGGCCACUCACACCUCCCCUGGACGAGAUCUUGAGCAAGGUGACAGAGGUGAGCAACACGCUCCGGACCAAGGUGCAGCUGCUGGACGAGGUGCACGGGCUGGCCCUUGGGCAUGAGGCUCACCUGCAGCGGCUGCGGGAGGCGCCCCCGUCUCCGCUCACCUCCCUGGCACUGCUGGACGAAUAUGUGGACCGAAGGCUGCACCGACUCUGGGGGAGCCUGCUAGACGGCUUCGAGCGGAAGCUGCAAGCCGUCCAGAAUGCAUGUGACCUGCGGGUGCAGGAGGUGCGGCAGCAGUGCGAGGAGGGCCAGGCGGCCAGCCGCAGGCUGCACCAGAGCCUGGAUGGCCGGGAGCUGGCUCUGCGCAGGGAGCUCUCACAGCUGGGGACCCGGCUGCAGGGCCUUAGCGUGGCUGGUGGGGGCAGCUGCUGCAGCCAGCUGGCCUUGAUCAGUGCCCGUGUGGACAGCCUUGAGAGGAACCUGCAGGGAGUCACAGAGACCCAGAGGGGCCACAGUCCCCCCACCAGGGAUGAGCUCACACGGCUCUCUGCCGCCAUGCUCGAGGGGGGUGUGGACGGGCUGCUUGAGGGCCUGGAGACCCUCAAUGGGUCGGAGAGUGGAGCUAGGGGCUGUUGUCUGGGGAUGGAGGAGGGGGGAUGGGGUGUGCGUGGCUUCAGGACCAUGCUGGAAGAGCGUGUGCAGAGCCUGGAGGAGCGCCUGGUGACACUGGCUAGGGAGCUCAGCCAUGACAGCACCCCCCCAGGCAGGUCAGCACAGCCCCUGGUGCAGACGGAGCUGGCUGUGCUGGAGCAACGGCUGGUUUCGCUGGAGACCUCGUGCACCCCCAGCACGACCUCAGCCAUCCUGGACAACCUUGUGGCGGAGGUGAAGGCCUGGCAGAGCCGGAGCGAGGCCCUCCUACACCAGGUGGCCAGCCACACGGCCCUGCUCCAGCAGCUCAAUGGCACCGUGGCCGAGGUCCAGGGGCAGCUGGCAGAAGCGACAGGCAGCUCACUCCAAGGCGAGAUCACCCUGCUCAAGGUCAAUCUGAACUCCGUGAGCAAGUCACUCACAGGCCUCAGCGACUCAGUCAGCCAGUACUCCGAUGCCUUUGUGGCUGCCAACACAUCUCUGGAUGAGCGGGAACGCAAGGUGGAGGCCGAGGUCCAUGCCAUCCAGGAGCAAGUCAGCAGCCAAGGCUCACGGCUUCGGGCUGGCCACAGGCAGGUCCUGAGCCUGCGGGGGGAGCUGGAGCAACUCAAGGCUGGUGUGGCCCAAGUGGCGGGUGGGCUGAGCCGCUGCCAGGACACAGCCCAGGAACUCCAGCACGCAGUGGGCCACUUCAACCAGAGGGUGGCCGAAGUGGAGAGUGUGUGCGGGAAGCUGAGCCUGCUGGCUGCGGGCUUGGACAGCUUGCCCACAGAGUCACUCAGGCCCGGGGAGGGCCUGUGGGACCAUGUGGACCAGCUGAAUCGCACGCUGGCCCAGCACGCACAGGACAUUGCCCGCCUCCGAGAUGACCUGCUGGACUGCCGGGCCCAGCUAGCCGAGAUGGCACGGCCAGGGCAGGCCGACUAGGCGGGCUGGACAGGACCCAACUCCUAGAUCCUGCCAUCACCCCAGAGCCCAGACUGUGCCUCCUAGCCUCCCUUGGCCAGCAUGGAUGCCAUUUCAGAGGCCACUGAAGGAACAGUCUUGGUCCAGCUCCAUGUGACUGUCCCAGGCACCAACUUCCACGCUCAGUGCGGCACCAACUAGAUAUUCAGGAUAGCGGUCAAGGCAAGUACAUCAUGCCUGAAGGCCAGGGUGGACCUAAGGAGCCUCACAAUCCAGUCUGCAAAUUGCUCUUCUGCAGAUACACUAGAGUCGGCACCUGUGCAAAGACCCGCAGGUCCGUUCUCAGACCGUGGACUGCCCACAGCUCCCUUUGCCCACAGGUAAUAGCUCCCAGCCUGGGGAGACUU